UCUUUUGCCGCGUGAAUAUCUCUCCUCGCUAUUGAAACGAAGCUCAAAGCAGAAGCGAAAAGUAAAGCAAGCGAGAUGUCGAAAGCACCGAAGGUCCAAUCCAUAACACCGUCAGCAAAACCAGCAGCAGGAGCAAAAGAAGGUGCUGCUGUGGACGUAGAGGAGACCGAGCGUCGGGUGAUGGUGAUUACGGCCAUGGGCUACCCGGAGGCCCUGGUCCGAGUCCGUCUCAGCGAGGCCGGGAACAACGUGGAGAGAGCCGUGAAUCUGCUGCUGGAUGAGCAGACGGGCGCGCACGACCAACGCCGCAAGCGCCGCUGCAUCAAGAAGCUACGGAAUGGGCUUUUGGGUGAUCCAUACGCCACCCACAACGAAAUCGAGCGGAUGAUGAAGGAUCGGCGCUGUGCGCAGACUCUGACCGAGAUGGUGAACGGCCGCAGCCUGGAGCUUAUGCAGGGUUUGCUCGACUUUUCCUCCUCCUCCGACGAGGAGGAGGAUGGGGAGGACCAGGAAACAUCGUCCUCCUCUUCGGGGUCGUCAUCAAGGUUGAUGGAAGGUUCCCCGUCCAGCAACUAGUGUACGCCGCCCAAGUGCUCCCCGUUAACAUGGAAGGAGAAAUUAAAUGCAUUAAGCUAA